AUGAAGUUCCAAACCAGCAUCCUCGCCGCCACCCUGCUGGUCGGCAGUGCCCUGUCUGCCCCCAGCAGCCGGUCCCUUGAGCGUAUCCGCGCCCGGGCUCUGGCUCGGCAGUCCCACCCCAUGGACGGCACUGGAGCCAGCCCUGCUGAAGCAGACCCGAACGCAGAGCACCGAACCACCGAGUCCAAAGUCUCCUACAGCAAGAACUGGUCCGGCGCCGUGCUCGAGCAGCCACCCCCUUCGGCAACCUACACCGCCGUGUCCGCGACCAUCACCGUCCCCGAAGCGACGGCCGUCGCCGGCGUGACAGGCACACAAGCCAGCUCCGCCUGGGUGGGCAUCGACGGCGACACGUAUGCGAACGCGAUCCUGCAAGCCGGCGUGGACUUCUACGUCGAUUCCAACGGGGCGCACAGCUACGACGCGUGGUUCGAGUGGUUUCCCGAUAACGCGCACGGGUUCGACAUGGCCGUCAACCGCGGAGACGUCGUCGUCGUCAAGGUGGAGAGCAGCUCGCCGAGCGAGGGCGUCGCCAUCAUCGAGAACCAGACGAGUGGGAAGACGGUGUCGACGACGCUGAAGGCGCCGUCGCCGACUGCUACCCUGGCGGGCCAGAAUGCGGACUGGAUCGUCGAGGACUUCCAGUCUGGGGAGACGAUGGUGCCGCUGGCUGAUUUUGGACGUGUGGAGUUUACCGGCUGCGAGGCGAAGGCUGGAGGAAAGUCGUAUGGGCUUACCAAUGCGACGAUCAUUGAUAUAGAGCAAGAUGGGAAGAUCAAGACGCACACGACUAUUGUGAGCGAUAGCGAGCUUGUUGUCGAGUAUGUCCGGUAG